GGAGGGAGGGGUCUGCUCCUGCACCGGCUCAAGUUGCGGCCCUGUGGACCGCGACCCUCGCAGCGCCCUGGCAACGCCUCUCCCCGCGCGCCUAAAGACCCAGGGAAGCUCGACUGGAGGCGGAGACCGCGUUGCGGAGCCGCCCACGCUGCGCUCCAGGAGCCAGAGUCCACAGGAUGGGCAUUAGGACAUGCUGAUCUCCCAUAGAGACAGCUGGCUGGCACCCUAUCAUGGAGGACUACAAUGUACACUCAGCUGCCAGCAUCUUGGCCUCGGUGAAGGAGCAGGAGGCCCGUUUCGAGCGACUGACACGGGCACUGGAGCAGGAGCGGCGCCAUGUUGCCCUGCAGCUGGAGCAUGCCCAGCAGCCUGGAGUAGGCAGCAGUGGUGUGGGCAGUGGGCAUCCCCUACCAAUGGCCUGGCAACAGCUGGUCCUGCAGGAGCAGAGCCCAGGGAGCCAGGCAUCACUGGCCACAAUGCCGGAGGCACCUGAGGUGCUAGAGGAGACAGUGACAGUGGAGGAGGACCCUGGUACACCUACCUCCCAUGUAUCCAUUGUCACAUCUGAAGAUGGUACAACCCGGCGCACUGAAACCAAGGUCACCAAGACUGUCAAGACAGUGACCACGAGGACAGUACGGCAGGUGCCUUUGGGCCCAGAUGGACUCCCCCUGCUGGAUGGUGGCCCUCCACUUGGCCCUUUUGCUGAUGGCCCUCUGGAUCGGCAUUUCCUACUGCGUGGUGGUGGUCCAGCAGCCACACUCUCCCGAACCUACCUCAGUAGUGGGAAUGGCUUUCCUGAUGGCCUUGAGCUCCGUGAUGGCCCUAGCUAUGGCAGCCUGUCCCGGGGUCUAGGGGUACGGCCCCCACGCACUGGCCCCCUUGGCCCAGGACCUGGUGAUGGCUGCUUCACACUGCCUGGCCGCCGGGAGGCCUUCCCUGUGGGUCCUGAGCCUGGACCAUCAAGUGGUCGUUCCCUGCCUGAGCGCUUCCAGGCAGAGCCCUAUGGCUUGGAGGAUGACACACGCAGCCUGGCCGCUGAUGAUGAGGGUGGCCCUGAGCUGGAGCCCGAUUAUGGCACAGCCACACGGAGAAGAGCUGAGUGUGGGCGGGGCCUUCGUGCCAGGGCCUAUGAGGAUAUAGCAGAUGAUGCUGGUGAACUGACCGAUGAGCGGCCCCUGUACCCAGCAGCAACGGCACCACUGGCCCAGCCAGAGCGGGGCAGUCUGGGCAGCCUGGACCGGGUGGUACGUCGCUCACCCUCAGUGGACAGUGCCCGCAAGGAGCCACGCUGGAGGGACCCUGAGCUACCUGAAGUGCUGGCCAUGCUUCGGCACCCUGUGGACCCUGUGAAGGCCAAUGCAGCUGCCUACCUGCAGCACCUGUGCUUUGAGAAUGAGAGUGUCAAGAGACGUGUACGGCAGCUGCGUGGACUGCCACUGCUUGUGGCACUGCUAGACCACCCUCGGGCCGAAGUGCGUCGCCGGGCCUGUGGAGCACUGCGCAAUCUCUCCUAUGGCCGUGACACCGACAACAAGGCUGCAAUCCGGGAUUGUGGCGGUGUGCCUGCUCUGGUGCGCCUGCUGCGAGCAGCCCGUGACAACGAGGUCCGUGAGCUGGUCACUGGCACACUCUGGAACCUGUCAUCCUACGAACCCCUGAAGAUGGUCAUCAUUGACCAUGGCCUGCAGACGCUGACCCAUGAGGUCAUCGUGCCCCACUCGGGCUGGGAGCGAGAGCCCAACGAGGACUCCAAGCCCCGGGAUGCUGAGUGGACGACUGUCUUCAAGAACACAUCAGGCUGCCUGAGGAAUGUGAGCUCAGAUGGUGCUGAGGCCAGGCGACGGCUCCGGGAAUGUGAAGGACUGGUGGAUGCCCUCCUGCAUGCCCUGCAGUCAGCUGUGGGCAGAAAGGACACAGACAACAAGUCUGUGGAGAACUGCGUAUGCAUCAUGCGAAACCUGUCCUACCAUGUGCACAAGGAGGUGCCUGGGGCUGACAGGUACCAGGAGGCUGAGCCUGGGCCCCCAGGCAGUGCUGCAGGCUCCCAGCGCCGGAGGAGGGAUGACGCCAGCUGCUUUGGUGGCAAGAAGGCCAAAGGAAAGAAAGAUGGUGAGAUGGACCGGAACUUUGACACAUUGGACCUGCCCAAGCGAACUGAGGCUGCAAAAGGCUUUGAGCUACUGUACCAGCCAGAGGUAGUACGCCUCUACCUCUCCCUCCUCACGGAGAGUCGGAACUUCAACACCCUGGAAGCUGCAGCAGGUGCCCUACAAAACCUCAGUGCCGGCAACUGGAUGUGGGCCACAUACAUCCGUGCCACAGUGCGCAAGGAACGUGGGCUGCCGGUGCUGGUGGAGCUACUGCAGUCUGAAACUGACAAGGUGGUGCGUGCUGUAGCCAUUGCAUUGCGCAACCUCUCACUGGACCGUCGCAACAAAGACCUCAUCGGGAGCUACGCCAUGGCAGAACUGGUGCGGAACGUGCGCAGUGCUCAGGCUCCAGCUCAACCCGGAGCCCGCCUGGAAGAAGACACAGUGGUUGCCGUUCUAAACACCAUCCAUGAGAUUGUGUCCGACAGCCUGGAUAAUGCACGCUCACUCUUGCAGGCCCGUGGUGUGCCCGCGCUGGUGGCACUAGGAGCCAAUAGCCAGUCGGUUCGGGAGGCAAAAGCAGCAUCACAUGUGCUUCAGACUGUUUGGAGUUACAAGGAGCUACGUAGUGCCCUACAGAGAGAUGGCUGGACUAAGGCUCGCUUUCAGGUGUGGUCCACCCUGGCCUUCCCUCUCCCAUUAUACCAUGUCAGGUUUCCAAGGGCGCUGCUUCCCACCUCACCCCCUGUUUUGUGUCUCUUUAAGUCGGCUGCUGCAGCAGCCAAAGCACCCAAGGCAGCUUCUAGUCCCGGAGGCUUCGAUGACAGCACGCUGCCUCUAGUAGACAAGAGCCUUGAUGGUGAGAAGCCAGGCAGCCGUGAUGUGAUCCCCAUGGAUGCCCUUGGCCCAGAUGGAUAUUCCACCAUGGACCAGAGGGAGCGGAGGACUCUGGGCAGUGACUCUAUAGGGGAGGCCUCAGAGAAGGAACCAUUGAAAGGCCAGGACCCAACCAUGUGUUCUUAGGGAUCACCAGAAGGGCCAUCCUGAGCAGACCCUGUCGUGGAGCUUGGAGCCCCCUGGCGGCUGAGAUUCUCACCCGGAGCCAGGACCUUUAUGGACACCCCUCCUGACCCACCCUGUCCAUUCUUCCCUCUGCUCUCCCGACCUAACUCCCUAGGCCAGAGUUAGCUAUUUACUGACAUGGUGCUGUGUGUGGGCAGGGGUGGGGACCAGUGAAGUGGCAGGGGAGGGUAACUAGUUUUGCUUUGAGAGAACAGGAGAGAGCACCCUGUGUGCCCAGUGCCCCAGAGGAGCAAUAUGGAACUGAGGUGCAACUCCUGGGGACAGACAGCCAGGCAGGGAGGGAGGGGCUUGGGAAAAGAAGUGGGACCAUGGAGAGUGGAGGCCUCCCCUGGCUGAAGCCCUACCCUGCUUAGAAGGCAGACUGCAGGCAUGGGGCUGCUCCAAGAGGGCUGACCCAGGCAGGGGAUUAGCGAGAUGGAGUUCAGGCUAUGCUUGCCCCUCUACCACUCAUUGGGAUCUGUGGAUGUGUAGGAUCCCCAUAUAGUGGAACUCUUCCCUGAACUGCCUCUAGCUGGGGCUGCUAUGGGUGCCAUAUCUGCAUCUGCCCAGAACCUCAAGUAACCUCCGGGACUGACCUCUGGCAGCAGCCCCCAAGGGAAUGCUGUUCAGUGCCUGCUGUUUGUGACUUAAAAACAGAAGAAAAACACUGAAAAAAAGCAUUAAAAACAAAACCAAAAUAAGAUUGUAUUGGUAAACAUCUAACUUUUUGUAAGAAAAUUUUAAAAAAGCAACAAAGAACUUUCU